AUGUGUUGCGACGGGAGCCAAGUGCAGCCGCCGGAUGAGGGCAUGUGGGACUCCAGCAAGCCUCAAGAUGUGAUAGUCAACUAUGAGAUGGGCGAUGAAACCAAUGGCACAUCUUGGAACUCGGGCGAAAUCACGGAAUCCAAGAAUGGCGACGGCCGGACGGUGACUGACAAUGUGUUUGCUGACGUCGAUCCGGAGCAACUCCAGAACAAGCCUUCAUGCUCCAACUGGAACGAAUUCACAGAUAAUGCACGAUGGCUCUCUGGGAUAGACUUUACCAUAUCCAACAAGGCGACAUCCAAGAGUUACUUAAUAUACUGUUACCAGAUGAAACGUGCUCUAGCAACCAAGGCAAGUAACAACGUUCCUGAGUGCUACUCUUCCCGCCAGUCAUGCGGGCUAAAGAUUGAAGCACGAAACAUGCCCACGCGUAGUUCAACUUCGCACAGCAGUGCAUCGUCGUUUUCAUCAGAUGAUCCUUGGUCCGCUCUGGCCGGGGACUCUUGCCUAAUGAACCAGCCAAAGCCAGCCAAUUGUAAUAACCUCGCAAUUGCCGAGAACUCCAAGGUCCAAGGUGGAAGGGACGGCUCCAGCUACGGAGAAGAUAGAUGCGACUGUUUGCAUGGAGCUGCACGUUUCUUGGUGGAGCUCGGCGAGAUUAACGCAAGAAUGGAGCAUGGACCUCUGGAUACCCUCUUGAAACAUUUUCGGCAGGGAUUGGACACCUUCGGAAACCUUAUUGAGUGUGAGCGAUGCGAUUCGGUUACCGAAAAUAGAGCGUUCAAGGUCGUGGCGGCCCAGUGUCUUGGGACACUCGGCGAGAACGUCGUCAAGUCCUACGCGAAGACCAUAACUAUAGCGCCAAACAGCAGGAAGAGGGAAUCAUCGAGGACAGCGGAUGAGAUGUGGUAUUCCGCCUACAGCAUACACGAUGACAAUGAGCGCCAAGAAGUCCUGCGAGGCAUUGUGUCGGUGCAAGUCAAACAGCUUCGGAGCUGGCUGGAGAAACUAAAAGCUGGGACAAGCAAAUAUGAAGAGCACGCCUUGAUAUCUGAAACAGAGAAAAGACUGAAUAGAGCGGUGGCAUGCGUAGUCAACGAAGCAGCCGGAGAGGGAUACUACUUUGGUGAAUAA